AUGGCGGCCGAGGAUCCACUCCGGCGGCUCUCGGACGCAGCCCGAACGAUCGUCAAACAGCGCCGAAGCACGCUCACGGCCAUUGCGGCGGCCGAAGCCGACUCGGACGACGAUGAGCACGACCACCUUGGCCAGCAUGCGGCCAAGUACCACCGCCUCCGCCACGUGACGGCGACCAUGGCGCCGGUCCAGCGCGACGUGCAAGCGCAAUGGCUCUGGCUCAAUGGCAAGCUCGUGGACGCCAAGGCGCACUUUAUCGAGAUUGCGCGGUCGUGCCCGGCGUACCCCCACGUCCACUUCAAGCUCGGGUAUCUCUACCUCCUUUUGCACGACGCGCACAAGGCCUUGGAAGCGUUUGGGUAG